CAAUAUGGAAAACACUCUCCGAUAUAUUUUGUUGGUCACUUGCAGCUUAUGUGCUAUACACAGCAGCUUCAUGGAUAGUUCAUGGUCAACAAAAAAACAUCCAGAAUGGAAAAAACUUAUUCUGACUCAUCAUUGGCCAGUUACAGUAUGCAAGAUGGCUGAACAAAAAUGCCAGGAGAUUCCAAACUACUGGACAUUACACGGACUGUGGACUGACAGGUCACAAAUGUGCAAUAAUUCCUGGCAUUUUGAUUACGAUGAAAUAAAGGACAUGUUGGCGGAUAUGAACAAGUGGUGGCCUGAUGUCCUCCAUCCAAACGGUUCUCAACUCUGGAAGCAUGAAUGGCAAAAACAUGGAACCUGUGCAGCAACCCUACCAUGUCUAAACACUCAGCACAAAUACUUUAGCAAAGGACUUGCAUUGUAUGCAAGUGUUAAUCUUAACAGUGCCCUUGAAAAGUUUGGAAUUAAACCUGCAAACACAUACAAGGUGGAAGAGAUUGAAAAUGCAGUUUUGAAUGUAUAUGGAGUGGUGGCAAAAAUUCAGUGUCUUCCUCCACAGCAGGGUGAAGAUGUUCAAAUUCUGGGACAGAUUGAAAUAUGUUUCACAAAAGAUUUCAAUCUGCAAAACUGUACAGUGGAACCAGAAGAUGAGCUUUUACUGACCAAAAAGACGAACAUGAAGUGGAGAGUAUCUUAUGAAGAGUUACAUGUUUGUGAUAAGUUAUUAAACACUUAUUACCCACCUGUACAGUAAUUGUAGUUUUGCACAUGGAAGGAUCCACUUGAAAUUCUUUAUUAAUUUUGGUAAAAUGCAAUGGGUUUAAUUUUGACAUGGAUAAUAAGUCAUAGUUUAAAUUAAGAGUAAUUAU